UAAACGUGUUACUGUUUUGUAGGUGUAAACCAUGGCGCUCACAAAAGAUGUGAAGAUGCCAUCAGAUGAGGAACUCACGGUUCCACAAGAGAUCACCCUUUCUACACCUUGGUUCAAAGCUGUCGCGCAGUAUAUGGGAAAACAUUGCGAGCGGGAGAUCAACGAGUUCAUGCUUCGUCGAAAAGAGCUUGAGGAUCCACGAGCUACUUUGAAAGAAGGCGCAGCGGUAACUGCAUGUGGCGUAGAAUUUUUGAAGUCCCUGAAAAGGACAUGUAUGCAAGAGACGGAAAAGCUGGCGUAUUGCAUCGAUCACAGUCAUGCUAAGCUGUACAUGAGCAAAUGUCAUCCUGAACAGAAGGUCCUUGAUGCAUGUGUCGAGGAGAAACUGCACCUCACUCGACCUAAAAUGGGUUACUUUAGCAAGCUCCACGUUUACGAGAGCGCUCACCCACCUCCAGAGGUGAAAGUCCGUGAUUACAAAGCUGAGGCAGCUAAAGUGCUAGCAGAGCUGCCAGAUGACUACCAUCUACGAAAUGAUUACAGAAAGUACAACGACUGGAGAUACAAUAUUGUUGAGAGCUAA